AUGUCUUUUCCUGCUUGCACACCAACGCGUGCUGGGCGCCAGUUUUAUCGCCGCCCCAGGCACCCCAUCAACUGGACCGAGGGUGAUAUAGCCUUUCUCAUGCCAUACACCGCGAGGAGGAGCGAAUACGACGCUCUUUCCGUGCCCAUACCCGAGAAGGCUACCUGUCACCCAGUAAUAAUUCUCAAAGUGUGCAGCACGGGCUCACACUACGUAGUGACGACCGUCUCGGCAUACGGCGUCGCACCGAACGGAGGCCCGGCGCCCUGGACCCAACAUGCGCACCGAUACAAGUCGGCUCACGACUUUCGCGCCUUUGUCGGCACGGCACCGUACGUCGACGACAGCGGUCGCCACGGAACUCGCGCGCUCCUCAACCUGGGGCCCGGCAUGCAGAUGCCAAAACCUCGGACGAGCUGGGUUUAUGCUCGGACGGCGUUUUUGGUCCCGGCCUCGGUGCUGGGCGUCUUCAGCAAGUCCAAGACGCAUCUGCGCAUGACGACAGCCAGCCUCGACGACCUGCGUGCGCACAUGGCGCAGUGCUCGUCUGGCAAAGGUGGAUAUCGGGUUUUGGUCGACGCGAGCAGUGGUCGGGUCAACUGUGCGUGUUGCUGUCGUGGUUUGCUGCCUCGGAAGCCGCCUGUUGUUCCCCUGCUGCAUCUCGUCACCCCGCUACUAACUGUCGAUGGUGCUGUUGCUGCUGUUACGGGCAGCUGCCGUACCGAGUAUGCGCCCGGUCCCAACCACCCCUUGCUGUCGGCCAUCGCUCCCGCCGGCUCGCGAUCCUUCAGUCCCCCGCCCACAGCGGUGCCCGUUGUGCCCGUUCCAACACCCGCGGUUCAGGUUCAGAGGACGUGGGCUGCGAUCGUCGCGCGCGCAUGA